UUAGAUUUCCUUGGUCUGACCUAUUUGCAGGAGCUGUCUUGUAAAGAUGGCGCAAUCUGUCCUGUUUCUGCUUCUGCUACAAAUGUCGGCCUGCUGUGGUUAUGGCUUUAAAGGCUGCUCCCAGAACUACCCCAAUACAGAUGUCAUGUGGUGCUUCAACAUGAACAUCGCUAACCUCUCUGAUGUCAUUAGAAUGAUGCCAGACAACAUAACAACAAUCAAUCUGUGCAAGAACAACAUCAGAGUCAUCCCACCUGGAUCAUUCAGUCAUGUGGAGGGGCUCAAACAACUGAACCUGAGCCAGAACAAGCUGGUUUCUCUAACAGGAGGAGAAUUCAGAGGCUUGGAUGUCCUGAAAGUUCUCAACCUCAGCUGCAAUAACAUUUCAUACAUCCACUCCAAUGCUUUUAAUGGACUCACCAGGUUGAAAACCCUGCUUCUGAGCCAAAACAUACUUGCAACAAUCUCUCCAGGUAUCUUUAAUGCCCUCCCAGCGAUUCAAGAAGUUGUUCUUUCUCUGAACAAGCUCAAAGCUUUCAGCUGUGGAGAGUCUGGUGGAUCCUCCACUCUUCAGCAGCUCGAUCUUUUCGCAAACAACAUUCAGAGGGUUAAUGUGAGCUGUUUCCCUGCCCUUGAGUACAUCAGGCUAUCCAACAACUCAAAGCUGGAGUUGCAGGCAGAUGUUUUUGCCUCUAAUCCCAGGCUGAAGAGUCUGCUUUGUCAGGGAGUUAAAGCAGAAGUGCUGGUGGGACUCUCUGCGGAGACAAAGAAGAAUCUCUAUAGGGUGGCAUUUUCUCUGUUUGUGGAGAAAUCUCUAUUUACUAUUUGUGGAUUGCUAAAAGGAAUGGACCAUCUUAAGAGGCUAGAGGUUGACUUGAAAGGAUCCAGGUUACUUCGGACCAACUCCAGCCUGUUGGACUGUGCCACUCCACCUAUGGUCGUUAUUGCAGAUGCAAACCUUGGAGUUGUUACCAAGUUGUCGCUGGAGAGGAGCAAUACAAGCAGACUUUAUCUCAUCAACUGUGGGUUAAAGCUGAUAUCUCGUACCACGUUUGAUGGUUACCAAGGACUGAAAACACUGCAGCUGAAUCAAAAUAAGGUUGUUAUUCAGCGGGACGCAUUCAAAGACCUGACCCAGCUCACGUUUUUAAGCUUCGACAAGAGCAAAAUUCGUGACAUUGAUCCCGACUGGUUUGUCCCUCUGAAGAAGCUGACUUGCCUGUCUCUCCCGAAAAAUGAAAUCACGGAGUUGACAGCAAAGGUAUUUAGUGCCCUUACUCAGCUUGAGCAGCUCUAUCUGCAGUUCAACCUGCUAAAAUACAUCACCAAGAAGCCCUUCAGUAAGCUGAGGCGGCUGACGAAGCUCAACCUCAGUUUAAACAUCAUUGAUUUCAUCGAAGAAGGCUCCUUCCUAGACCUGACAAGGCUCAAAUACCUGGACUUAAGUGGGAACCGCAUCAAGAGGCUGACACCAUCUAUUCUAUCUGGCCUGAUGAAUUUGAAGAAAUUUAUCCUGUACAACAACCGCCUCCAUUUUAAAUCCUAUGAAACUCCUUUCAUCAACCUUACUUCUCUGGAAUAUCUGGAGAUGAACUACCAGGGGCCCGGAGGUCAAGGCAUUGGUAGCAUUGGACCACAUUUCUUCCAAGGCCAACGUCAACUUACCUCAGUUGCCAUCGGGCACAGCAUCAAGGUUGACUUCCAUCCUGACGCCUUCGUUCCUCUGGUCAAUUUGAAAUUCCUGUACAUAGCUGGGGUGGUUAUGAAAACAACCAACCUGAGUGCAGCAUUGUACCCUCUGAAAAGGCUGAAGAGGCUGACUCUUUACAGGGCAGACCUUGAUGCUCUGCCUGCUAACCUGCUGCCUCCAGAUAAUACACUGGAAAUGCUCAAAGUCCAGUCCAACCACCUCCACACUGUGGACAAAACAAUGCUGGACGCUCUGCCAAGAUUGCGUUUUUUGGACAUCACUGAAAAUCCACUUACCUGCACCUGUGAUAAUGCCUGGUUCAAGACCUGGGCCAUCCACAACAACCAUACACAGGUGUCCUACCUGUACAACCUGCAGUGUGACAACAACUGGAGAUCUCCCUACCUGUGGCAGUUUGACGAUAAGGCCUGCUCCUAUGAACAGGUUUCCUUCACUCUCUUCAUCACCUGCUGUGUGGUGGACAUAUUGUUUGUAUGUGUGUGUCUGGCCUGGCACACACAGGGCCCUGCUCUACGCUACCUACUGCUCAUCAUCCGGGCAAAACUACGUGGGCGUAGGGGGGCAGCAGGGGCCAGAUUCCAAUAUGAUGCAUUCAUCUCCUACAGCUCUAAGGAUGAGGCCUGGGUGAUGCGACAGCUGGUGCCCAAUCUAGAGAGGCCAGUUGCUGGUACACCGAGACUCAGACUGUGUCUCCACCACAGAGACUUCCGUCCCGGUACUGCGGUUCUGGAGAACAUUGAGGCAGCCAUUUACAACUCCCGCCACACCAUCUGUGUGGUGACACGUCACUUCCUGCGAAGUGAGUGGUGCUCUAUGGAGUUUCAGCUGGCAAGUCUGAGGUUUUUAUGCGAUGGCAGUGAUGUCCUGCUGCUUGUGUUCUUGGAGGAGAUACCUGAGCACUGUCUGUCUCCCUAUACACGCUUACGCAAGAUCGUACAUAAGAAGACCUACUUGCUGUGGCCCGUGGAACCACAAGAGCAGGACGCUUUUUGGGUCAAACUGAUCGAUGCUUUAAAAAACAAUGAGGAGGAGGAGGAGGAGGGAGGGAGAGGGGGAGAAGAUGGGUUGGCACGGCUAAUUGGCUAG